GUUAGUACGCGACGUUGACUCCGAGAGAACGGACACGAGGGCAAACAAACGGCUAACGCAACGGGAUAAACGCUGAGACAGGACCUCUCACACACGCGCACUCAUACACACACACAAAAGUCCCAACUCGUCUAUAUAUAUUGUAUAUAUAUACGGUUAAGUGAAGCGCCAAGUGCCAGUGUCCUAGAAAUUAAACACAAUACGAGAAUAAAUUCAAAUCAAAGGCGAUAAUGGAAAAUUAAUUGGCCAUCGGCUUUGUUGUCGCAUGUUAUCAGCGGAACUGGCGUCCUCGACGGCUUUGUUGAAUGCGAGUUAUCAGCGCAGCAACGGCCCCGCAAAAGAUGAAGUUUGCCCCUCGACAAUAUAUGACAAGUGCCACACAACAACAGGAGCAGCAGCACCAGCAGCAGCAACAAUGACCAAGCAAUUGACAACGGCAACUGCAACAAAUGCGGCAUCCAGCAUAGGGCAAGCGGGUGAUUUGGCCCCCACAGUUAUAUCCCCAACCGCGCCAGCCACACUAGCGACGGGCGGAUCGGGCGGAGCAGGAGGAAACGGAGGGUGCUCCGGAGCAGGUGGAACCGUUUCACCUGUCAGCGAGGCAACAAAGACUGCGCCACCACCACAACCCGUUGAGGAGAAGCCCUCGAGUAGCGAUGCCAGUGGCAGAUCGGCGGCUCUGGAGCGUGCCUAUGUGCACGAUGUAUACGAGCACUGUGAGGAGCCAACGGGUCCCGUCCGACCACGUAUGGCCCACUUCCUCAGCGGGCUCGAUCCCGGCUCCGUGGUCUGCGACGUCGGCUGCGGCAGUGGGAGGUACCUCACCCAGUGCAAUCCGGCCAUCUGCACCAUUGGCGUGGAGCGAUGCUACCGCCUGAGCAAAGUAGCCCACGAAAAGGGCGGCGAGGUGGCACUGUGCGACAAUCUGGAACUGCCUUUCCGGGACGACAGUUUCGAUGCGGUGCUGUCGCUGGCGGUGGUGCACCACUUUGCCACCACAGAGCGACGUGUCCAGGCACUCAGGGAAUUGGCUAGGAUCCUUAGGAUCGGUGGUCGGGUUGUGAUCACCGUGUGGGCGCUGGAACAACGACAUCGGCGCUUCGAGUCGCAGGAUGUGCUGAUACCCUGGCAGCCACCAAAGAAUCGAAACUACUCCUACUCGGAUGAGGAGGACGACGACAAUUUCCAGCCGCCUUACCAUGCCUACACCGAGGACUCUACGAAUUCCAGUCGAUCAGCCGGAGAUGGCGAUAGCUCCAGCCUUAGUUCGUCUUCGCCGGGAGAAUCCUGCUACAGCUUUGUUCGCCGGGCCAUUCAGAAACUAGCCCGUGGACGCCGGCAUGCGUGGUUCAUGGACUCGUGGUCGUCAAAGGACACCAAGAACGACAGCAGCUUGGACUACGAAGAUGCCAAGGAUCUGCCCAUCGAGCUGCGUCGCCUAGAGGACUUUGAGGACUUCCCCGAUCCGCCACUAUCAGCCGGCCUCAAAUCCCGCAGCUUGGGUAGCAUUCUGCAGCCACCACCCCGCCAGAUUGUCCGCUCGCGCUCUAGUGUUCCCAGUCUGGGUGGUCCUCUGAUUCCUGGUGAAUCAAAGGCCAGUGCAGCGGCGCUGCUACUCAAUACUCCGGAGAGCCAGCAGCUUCAGCUGCAACUCCAGCUGAAUGGAAGGCAUUCACCCACCACCACGGCAAGUGCUGGGAAUACGUUGAGCAGAAGACCAAAGCUCAUCAAGCAAAAGCAGUCCUUGUGCGAUGAUGACGCCGCUACACCACCCGCCCCCGAAUCCUUUCAGGUGGUAAGCAGCCUGAAUAGCUCCAAUGGCGUGGUAAGCAGCAGUUUGUACACAAAGAGUGGCUGCUAUGCUGGGAAUUUCCAUCAGCAUGCCUCAGCGACGGCCACGCCUCCUUCGGGUGAUUCUGGUGAAGGAGGAGUCACUGGCGGACCCACUGGUGGGCCGACGUUCCUGCGCAAACAGAGUUCCCUGAACGAGGAUCUCAUGGCCUGCAAUCGGUUGAGAGAAAAGGAAAGGGUGCGCAAGCGCAUUCAAAAGCAAACUUCGCUGAAUGAAGCAUUCCUCUGCAGAUCAGCUCUGUUCUCCAAAAGAUUACAAGUAAUCCGUGAGGGUUUCACCACCAAAAUCAAGAGCUCGACUGGCAGCCUGGAAAGGGUGACCAAGACGGGCAUAAGUAAGCUGAUCCAAAACAUCAAGAGUGGACCGCAGGCGCAGCCGAAUCCCGUCCAGAACCCCGCUCAACUGGACAAAAAUGCCACGCUGAAUAAUAACAAUAAGCAGGGAGUGGCGGCGACGGCUCAUCAACACCACCAUCACCACCACCAUCCUGUUCAUCAUCUGUCCCACUUGAUUCUGCCUGCAUCCUCGACAUCGGGACCUGUGACGUACUGCAGCAGUGUGGAGUGCACCAUGGGCAAUCUCUGUCACUGCAGCCAGUACCAGCAAGAGUGUCCCGCCUGUGCGGAUGGCGCUCAGGGUGACAAGGCUAGAAGGCAUUCCCGGGAAUCCGGUUCGGACUCCUCCAAGGACAGCAGCCUGCAAUCGGACACUAGUAUUGAGUCCGAGGACAGCUUCGCUUCGGUCAUAUUCAUACCCAAGCCGGAGCAGCACCAGCAGCAGUUGAACUACCAGCAGCAGCACCAGAACUCUAACUCCAGCUCGAGCAACUCAUCCUCCAGCAAUGGACAAAGGGCACAAGGAGCCGCUGGUCGAGAUCAGGGGAUGAAUCCCGGCUCCCGAUUGCCGCCUACUCACUCAGUUCCAACGUCGCCGCUCAUCAUGCCCUGCCCUCCCACACCGGCUCAUUCCCCGGCUGCCAUCCAGGGCACGGUGACUUCUCCGCCUCAAUCCACAUCGGCCGUUUCCGCCGCCAUGGCCAUCUUGACGCCACCCUCGAAACCCGCCCGUUUCAGCUUCGAUGAGGCCCACAUCAAGCUGCAAAAGGAACAGCACGUAGAUCUGCAAAAGGAGCUACCCAAGGAGAAAAAGGAGCCGUUGAAGGAGCUGCCAAAGGAACCACUGAAGGAAUCGCCACCGGUGCGUAGGAUCACCCGCCAGGCCAUCAGAGAUCUGCCACCCAUUCCGAAAUUCCGGAAACAGCAAUCUCUGCAGCUGCAACGACAGAGCUUUCCCAUCGUUAGGAGAGCGUCGGGAUCGGGCGUGUCCACUUCAGCAUCCACCACAUCGCUGGCCACCAAGCUGCUCUCCUUGGAGCUCUUUAAUCCGGCCACCGAUGAUCUGGACAGCGAUUCCAGUGAGCCCUCCUCCCCCGAUUCCAUAGACAGUGUUAUAAGUGCACCAAGAUCGGCCAAAGUGCCCUCGGGAAGUGAGGAAGGAGAAGCCGCCUCCGCGAACUCCAAUUCGGCCUCGCAGGACGAAGGAGAGCCCAGCUUGGCGCAGAUCAUCAGUCUGCAGCAGGAGCAGUACCAUAAAGGGGAGCUUCAGAUCAAUACUUCCCGCUCCCAGGCCGAAGAUGAUAUAAUCCUGAAUGCAGACAGUGCUCCUCUGCUCCCCGAAAAGAGGGAGGCCGCUCAGAAGCAGGAUUGUGCGGAAUUCGCGGAGCAGCUAAGUGCCCAACUGCAGCGGGAACUGGAUGACAAGACCAAUCGAACUGAGUGCCGGUAUCUGGAUGGGAUCGGAAUGGGAGAUCUAUCCGAGAUCUUGGGUGGCGGUAAGAAGCGCUCUAAUGGUGAUCUGAGUGCUUUCCGGGAUGAGCUCAGGGAACGUCGCUUGAUGCUUGCUAACCUCUCCACGCAGCCAAGUCUGCAACAAUCCCCGGUGAGCUCAUCCACCUCAUCACUAUCCUCCCAAACCCGCAGCUUCACCAUCCAGGAAGAGGAUGGUGAGGAAGAGGAGGAGGAGGAGAACGAAUCCAGCUACUCACUAGGCGUUUAUGAGCACUGCAAGAUCUCCAAGUUCAACUACAAGAGGAAUCGACACUAUCAGCUGAAUCCGGAGACAGCCUACCUGCUGCAGGACGAUGGGGAUAGUGAUGUGCGCGAGGAUGAGGACGAUGUCAUUCCAGAGGAGGAAGAGCAGGAGGAACAGGAUGAGGAUGCAGAGGCAGAGGCUCUGGAGGCCCGAGGUGGUGAUCAGUUGGGCGAAGGCAUGUCGGACUAUGGCCAGCGCAGGCGCAACAUGGCUGCCCUGAAGGUCCAACCACCGACGACCCAGCAGCAGCAGCAACCUCAGAAGGAGCCAAGCCAGGCACCGAAUCUCCAGCAGCGGCCCUCCAACGAUUCCCUGGAGCACUCGAACAGCUCCACCAACUCCCUGGACAGUCCCUCCCAGGGCGGAGCCAGCACUCACCACCGCUACUACCAUGUGUUCCGCGAGGGCGAGCUGGACGCACUGAUCAACCACCAUGUGGCCAGCCUGCAUAUCGUUAGCUCCUACUACGAGCGGGCCAGCUGGUGCGUGGUAGCCGAGAAGGUUCAGGUGUGGACCAUCUAAGCACCCAACUCUCGAACGGGGAUUCAAAACGAAACUUAAGUUUAUUUGCUAUUACUGGGACCGAAGCAUGUAUACCAAAUAUUUAAAGAUACUUUACUUUGAGUUACAUUUUUUUAUACGAAUCAAAUAUAUUUUAAGUUGCACUUGAAUAUCUUUUUAGGACAUUCGAAAUCCAAUUAGCUUUUUUGAUUUUUUCGAGGCGUAGUUGACCCGUUUGAAUCCCUGCUCUUAAACAAAUGCCCAUUUCCUAGCUGUAGUCUCUGAUCUGAUGCCCCCAAAGGAAUUGUUAAAUUUAGUCUAUUACUCUAGUCGGCUGGCGAUGCGGGGCGGGGAAGGCCCGUCCUGCUACCCAGCACUAAUUUAUUGUUAGCAGGCCUGCUCAAGGACGCGAACGCAGGAUUGCACUGCAUUGAAAUACAAUUUCAAAGGAAAACGUAGCUCUAAGAACGAAACCAAUCGAAUCGAAACAACGCAAGCUAAAUACAAAUCUUACUAGUUAUACGAACAUAUUCUAUUUACAACGAUCAUCUGUUUGUAUCUUGCGCUAUCUGCAGACUAAGUUUCAAGCACUUUAUUGCUAUAAUUUCGAAGCGAAUAAUCAUCAAACGUCCAUUGCAGCCAACAUAUACCACUUAUACAAGAGAAAAUCAAGAUACCAGUUAAGCAGCUAGAAAAAAGAAAUAUAGCAACUACAUGCAUGUGUACACUCCUUAAAACUGCAAAGUUAAUAGAACUCUCUAAAAAUAUCAAUAACUGCAUUUAAAUCUACGAGAGAACCGUACAUAUAUCGAAUGCAAAGUAAAAUCAAAAGUAUAUACACUAAACAGUUUAAGAAGCUCUUUCCGCAAGCUCACAAUUUUCCACAUAUAUAUAUUUUUCACCUUUUUAAAGCACUUUUUAUUUACUUUACUUGAUUGGAUAAAGUACCCAACUCACUUCCCAAAAACGGCCAAUAAGACGAUUGUAACAUAAGCCUAUGCCUAAACUUAAAUUUUUGUCAGCUUAAGAAGGGUUAUUUGAAAAAUAACGCAAACAUUUUCAAUAAAACCAAAUAUAUACAUAUAUAUACCUAUACGCGACUGUACAUGUGUUUUUUAGCUAGCUAAACUAACUUUAUACCGUAAAAUAAUAGAACAAUUGAAUAAAUAUUAACUAACGUUGGACGCAACACUAAAUUACAACAGAUAGAACUCGAUUUGAACCUAUUACUGCUCGAAAUGCUGAAACAUUAUAAACAUUAAGUAUUGCUGGAAAAUAUGUAUAAUUUGCACAGAGCCAAAAAGGCACACUCAAACGGAAUAAACACAAAACCCAAGCUACAAAACCAUCUGAAAUAUUUAAUAUUGAUAAUUUGUAAUGCAUUAACAACAACAUUAAAUAAACUAAUAAUACUUAC